AUGGAAGCAAAAGAACUUGUCGCAUAUCAGCAUUUUGAGCUUUUAAAAGAUCUCUCUUCAAAAAUAUUGCAAAAAUGUACCAGCCCUGGAAUGCUUUCUAAACUUGACUUUCUUUGUCCUAAUGUGACUGUUCUUGAAUGUUUUGAAGUUGAUAUAUCUUCCUCCAAACAACGAGAACGCUUACGUAAUCAUUUUAUUGGAGCCUUACUUAAAGCGGACAAUUUAGAAACAAUUUUAAACAAAAUUGCAAUUGAGAUAAUAUCUUUUAUUCGAUGGAUUGAUAUUGAUGUUAGUAAAUUAUUAAAUUUUUAA